AUGGGGGACGAGAUGAAGCAUCUCGUGUUAGUCGUUGAACUUACUUCCGCUUUGGCUCCUUACUGGACCAACAUUGUCGAAACUUAUCUUCGAAAACUCAUCAUGGCGUUUUGUGGUGAUCAAAAUACUAAUGCAGCUGGUCCUAAUGUUUCGUUGGGUCUAGUGGAAUUCAAUGAAAUAAAGUCUGGCUUGGUACAGUGGAGUGGCCGGACAAAAGACGUUGACUCUUUCUUCACCUGGCUAUUGGCUAUACAGUUCGAUGGCGGUGGCUUUUGUGAUGUUGAAAUUGCCGAAGGACUUGCUUCCGCUUUAAAGCACCUUCCUUCCCCAAACGAGGGCCAGCCUCAGAAAAAUGUGGGUAUUCAAAGGCAUUGCAUCCUUGUUGCUGCAAGUAAUCCACCGAAUGAGAGUGUGACAGAGUCAAAAUUUUGCUUAUCUGAUGCCGAGAAAGUGGCUUCAUCAUUUCCUCUGUCUCUUGUUUCUCUGUCUGUUAUAUGCCCAAAGCAGCUUCCAAAACUUAUAUCAAUCUACAAUGUGGGAAAAAGGAAUCAUCUGGCAGCUGACUAUACUAUCGAUAUUCUGGGAAAUCCACAUUAUCUAGUUCUCAUUGCAGAAAGUUUCAUUGAGGCUUGCUCUGAUUUCAGUCAAUCAGGAAGAACAACUUUGCCAUCAAAUCCGAGCCGUAACGAUGAUUCGCAAAAUUUGAAACUUGCUGUUAGUGGAUCCACAAACAAGAGUAUUCUCAAUAAGCUCGCGCAAGCACAUCGGAUGAACCUCACUGGGGUUGAUUGAAACUCUAUGGACGUG